AUGCGUUACUCUCUAAUAAUUAUUUUACUCAUUGUGUUGAGUAUCACCAGCGGUCUGCCGUCGGAACUGGGAAACAAUUGCGAACUCUUGGAAUAUGUUAAUACCGACGAUACGUGGUCAAAUAUUUUCCAUAAUGUCAAGAGAUCUUUGGAAGAUGCCAUCAGUCGUGCAUCAAACUCUCAAAAAUGCGCCUCCUACGCUGAAUUUCUUCAAAGCUGUUUAGAUCGAGCUACGAAAAUUUCUUCUCCAGAAGAACAAAUGCAGUACGUCCUAGAAUUCAUUAGCUAUCAAGAUAUGCACACCGAAAACAAACCAACGAGCACACAUACCUAUUUAGGAAAAAAUAUGAUCAAUUUAUUUAAGAACACUGUGGACAAACUAACACAGUUAAGCAGAAAAAUGAUUAAAGUAUCGGAAAAAAUAGACGAGAGAUUGGGCAAAACAUUUGAAAGAAGUAAGAAACUUCUUUUUGGAAAUGAAGAAUUACGUUUGAGCUAA